AUGUCACGAGAAUCAAGCUCGUCACCCGAAUCAAGCUCGUCAUCCCGAUCAACAAAAGAUAUACUCAAAGACCUAUGCACUUAUACUGUAUCGUCAGCUGAUCCAGGGGAUCGUUUACCACACGACUGUUAUAUGAUCAUGGUUGGUCAUUUGAAGAGUCAAGAGCACAUGAAGAUGUUGUUGGACAUGAGUGAAUCACAAGGAAUAUCGUCGACGAAAGAAGGAGAUGAAGAUCAAGCAGAAUAUGCAGUAUUGAAAUCCGAAAAUGUUGAAUCAAUUUUGGAGCACAUCAAAUUAACAGGAAAGACUGAACAGCUUGAAAGCCAGCGUAAAAGUCAUUUCGUCUAUGAAGAUAAUUUUAAUUCUUCUCUGACUACUAUGAUGGAAACACGAUCAUCAUUCGAGAAACUUAAAAAGGUUUGUCGUAUAUAUGAACACCGCGAAGGAGUUAAUGUGGAUAAAGUGAUGGCUGAACAUGAGAACCGUGCGAAUGCGUCACACUCGUAUUUUUGUGAAAGAAAAGUGCCACCUGACGAAGCCAAAGCUUUAGCAUUCUCCAUUGCCUUCUAUACGGGUUCGAAGAGUGAAGCAUGUAAUCGUGGUGCCAGUCUUAUCGCUCGCAAAAGUAAUGGGCAAGUCCUUGAAGGUGACGUAGAAAACGAAAUAAACGAAGCAGCUAUUAUUCUUUAUUAUUUGGUGAAAGCACUUUCAUACAUCCCUUUUUACUGGGGAUAUGUUACUCGAGCUUGUCAGCUUACAUACGAUGAAUUGAAACUCUACGUACCUGGCGCUUUAAUCACUUGGAUCCAGUUUAGUAGUUCAAAAAAAGGUAAAAAAGCAGUUAAUUCGAAAGCUUUUAAAGAUCGAAAUGUACUUUUUAAAAUCUUCUCGUUAACUGGUCGUCCCAUCAAACAUUUUUCUAAUUAUCCGGAAGAAGAUGAAAUUUUAUUUCUGCCCCAUUCUACCUUUCUUGUUUUCAACCACAAAACGUAUUAUAAAGAGAGAAAACAAGUAAUCUACAUGCGACAAGUCGAACUGGGUUUAUGCACAUGGUCCGUGUUGUGGGUUGAUGACCGCAUAUUUGAUGAAAAUUGGGAGAAUAAACAACACAUGGAAUAUGCAGCAAUCAAUGCACUUGAUAUAAAUGUGCAUUUUAUUCCGAAAUCGUCCACUGAUAGUGCUCUAUCCUUUUUACGAUCUGCAUUUGGACAGCGUUUGAAAAAUCAGGACACAUUCCGCAUUGUAACUGAUAUGAAUCGUACAAAUGAAAAACCCGCUCAUAAUGCAGGUGCACGACUAAUCAAAGCAAUACGACAGAUGGGUUUCAGUAAUAAAUGUUUGAUUUUUACUAGUGACAAAAGAACAGCAGAACAAAUUCUUCAAUCAGAAUUAAACUCAACAGAACGACAAUCAGUUUCGGUGUCUACGAAAACCAAUGAUUUACGGAAUUUCGUAAAUUUUGAUCGAAGACCAACAUCAUCACAGCGAUUAUACGCUGAAGAUUCAAACCACAACAAAAAAUUUGGAAGCUCAGCGCAUUCGAAAUUUCUUGAACAUGCACAUCAACCUCCGUGGGCCGUUCUUGCAGGAUAUCUCUCGCCGACACAUGAUUCGUAUGUACAUUCCAAAUUGGGCGAUCCUGCAUGGAUUCCAGCUGCAGAUCGAUGUCGACUUUGUGAAAAAGCUAUCGAGUAUGAAGGUUCAGCAGUAUCAUCUUGGAUUGGCGUUUCUCGAGGUGAAAGUGAAUGGGUUAAUGGAUUUGUUGACUUUGGUCCUGUUACUGAAUAUCUACGAGACUUUCUAAAUAGCACACUUGUCGAUCAAAACAAGAUUCUGAAAUAUCCAUUGCGUGUAAUACGCACAUAUCUUACAAAAGAUGAACAAUUAAAUAUAUCUCAAUUAAUAUGUCUAUUAUCACAUAUAAGUGAUAUAUUUGUAUCUUGGUCAAUUGGUUUUGUUAUUCUCGCUUGUACUAUACAUCUUGUUACAAUAGUAAAUUCAAAACGCUUUCCACAACCAACGCGUUGUCGAGUAUUUGGACUUAUAUUACUAAUGAUACUAUGUAGUUUAAUAUAUAAUUGGCAUAUUUUUUAUUAUCCAAAUUUAGUUAAAACAACACUUAUUAAUAAUGAAAAUUGGUCAUUUACUUAUUGUAAUAUUUUAUUUGGUCGACACAUGGGUUAUUUUUCAUAUGGUGGUUUUGCAAUAACAAAUAUUAUUAUUAUUAUUGUAUAUGUGUUAAAAGUACCACAAAAAACUAUAGCAGGCAUUGAUUUACAUCUUCAUGAUACAUUAUUAUUAAAAGAUGUUCAACCUUCUGAGCCAUCAGAUUCAUCAUUUAACAAUAUGCCAAUACAAAUAACAAAAAAAGAUGUUAAUUAUGAAACAACGAUAAUAUUAACUACAAAUUGUCUUUUUUUGAUAACAAAUAGUAUUGCAAUUAUUUAUAUUUAUGUUAAAUCAAGUCAUCGCUUACGUUUAACAAAAGAUUUGAAAACCUUCAAUGUGUAUCGACUUUUACGUAUGUUAACAUUAUUCGGUAUAGUUUUAGAAUUUUAUAUUUAUUUUUUAACUGGAAAAAAAUUUCAUAAAGAAGUUUAUCAUAUUUUACGUGCAAUACUUAAACAUACAACAUUAAGAAAUUAUUUUAAAUGUACAUGUUUAUCAGUAUCAGAUCGAACAACAAAUAUAUCCAAUUGA